AAACCAUAGAGCGACCGAAACAAGAGCUUACAGUUUGAACCCUCAACCGAUGCGGGGUUUUAAUGUUGAUCAUGAAAGCGCAGGUGGAUGUGCUCUGCUGUAAAUCAGUAGGAACUGAUCUGUCCAUGCUGGAUAUUGAGGAUUUCAUCUCAGAAAUCUGUCGGCUGAAGAAAGAGGUGGCGUCUCUGGAGGCAAAGCUGAGAGAAAGAGGAGAGGAUUCAGUCUGGAGCGUCAGAGAUCAGAGAUCCAGAGACACACAGGACUCAGAGCUCAGCCUUAGUUUGCUCUGUUAUACUGACGCUCAGGAGAGCGUGUGUGACAGUCAUGGGUCCGUCACCUCCUCAGAGUCUCUGGGGUCUGACUGUAACGCUGGAGAACAGCAGACGCCGAUGAAGACGUGCUCCGUCAAACUGGUGGACUGCAGGAAUAUAAAGGAGACGAGAGAAGAAUCCACUGUGGAGAAAGUACAACGUGACAAUGAUGAUGAUGACUUUAUUCCUUCGGAUGAAAACACCAGAUCAUCUUCUGAUGAAGAAACGGCCUCGACAUCAAAAGAGCAGCCGACGGCCAAGAGUUUCUCCUGCGUCACCUGUGGGAAAACAUUCAGCAAACGGGGAAAUUUAGCAAGACACGAGAGGAAACACACAGAACAGAAAGACUUCAGCUGCAAGGUAUGCGACAUCAGCUUUCCUACCUUAAAAGAAAGAAGACUUCAUUCAAAAGAGCACAGGGUGAAGAAGGAGUUUCGCUGCGAACAGUGCGGGAAGGUUGCCUUCUCUUCUGGUAAUUUGAAAAUUCACAUGAAGACGCACACUGGCGAAAAGCCUUUCCACUGCAGCGAGUGCGACAAGUAUUUCAGCGCCAAACAAUCUCUUAUUGUUCAUAAGCGAAUCCACACGGGGGAGAAGCCGUACAAGUGCCCUCACUGCGAGAGAAGAUUCAGAGAUGGGUCCCAUUUCAAGACACACAUGCGUUCGCACGCCAGCGAGAGGCCGUACCAGUGCAGCGAAUGUGGGAAAACCUUUAAGCAGCCCAUUUGUCUAAUAUCCCACCAAAAAAUCCACUCGGAGAAACUGCACCAGUGCACACACUGUGACAAACGCUUCCGUCAUAUUUCUCAUCUGCAUUGUCACGAGAGGACUCACACCGGAGAGAGACCGUACCUGUGCUCUCACUGCGGGAAGAGCUUUUCCGAUCCGACUCAUUUCAAAGUCCAUCAGAGAAUUCACACGGGAGAAAAACCGUACCAAUGUAGCGUUUGCGGGAAGAGUUUCCGUCAACACACUAACCUACUGAAGCACAAGAGGAUUCAUAGCGGAGAAAGACCGUUCAAAUGCUCACAGUGUGACAAGACGUUUGCUCGAUCAGACGUCCUGAAGAUCCACGAGCGAGUUCAUACAGGAGAGAAACCUUACCGCUGCUCCAUUUGCGGCGAGAGAUUCGCUUAUUUGGGGGGUUUUCAGACCCAUCAGAACAAACACGCUAAAGAACAAACUGCUCCAGAAUCAUUGUAGUGACUUUCAUCAGUCAAUCUGGAAGCUUAUCCUGAAACAGUAUAGAGUUUAUAAUGGCAGUAGGAAGCAGUCACAUUGAGCUUUCGUGUGAAUUGGGAGUAGAACUUGAUUGUUGAAUGCUGUGAUUGUAGUCGUGUUUAACAGAGCAGGACAAUGAUGCUGUAACAACACAAUUCUACAGGCAAAAGGCACCUAUUCAAAAUAUAGUUGUGUGUAUAUAUAUAUAUUUUUUUUUUCCCCCAAGCAGCUUUUAAAUCUCAAAUAAUUUUAUGAUAUCAUAUCAGAUGUUUGCUGGGGGAACAUACGCUAGCCGAGCAACUGCCAUUGAGAUGGAUGGGACUACUAAUGCAUAACUUUCUGCAAGUGUAUUAGACCUCCUUGAUAUGCACUAAGAAAGAAAUUGUGGGGGAAAAAAUGGAAA